UGCGAGGAAGGCCAAACAGCAGACUGUCACUCUGUGGAAGUAGAACAACUCUGUUUGGCAGAAGUGUGUGUGGAUUAUUUUUCAGGAAUGGAGGAUAUUUAGGAGGAAGGUUAUGACUUGACUUUUGACUUAACACCAGGAUUUAAUUUUGAGUUCUUCUCGAGACGUUUCUUCAGCAGACAUGGCUUCCCUUGGGCAGAUCAUUUUCUACAGUAUGGUUACCCUCAUCAUUUUAUUCAUGGCUGUCAUCAUCCUCAUUUUAGCCCUGGCCUUGACAGUUGGGUCUUCGGAGGUUCUGAGCAAAGACAAGAUGGCCAUCGCCAACCUCGGGGAAGAUGCCCUCCUCAGCUGCUAUAUGAACACAGACAGUCAGAACGCCCAGCAGAAGGGUGUGUCAGUGAGCUGGCAGAAGACGGGGGUGACGGGACUUGUGUACCAGUAUGAGGACGGAGCUCCAAAACUCAGUGACCAGAACUCCCAGUUUAAAGGGAGGACUCAACUCUUCCCCGAUGCUUUACUCUCGGGGAACGCCUCCCUGCUGCUGAGGAGGGUGAGAGGCAGUGACGCGGGGGAGUACUCCUGCAGCAUCAGCUCCUCUGUGGGAGGGGGGAAGGUCGACAUCAACCUGAGAACCGGAGCAUUUUCAGCCCCCUCAUUUAAAUUCUCAAACGGCGUCCUGACUGCUGAGGCGAGCAGGUGGCUCCCUAAACCCAAUGUGACGUGGUCUCACAUUGACGGACAGGUCCUGAGUGGAAUCACAAACUUCGAAGAAAACUCUGCAGGGAUUUUCAGCUUAGUCAGCACGCUGCAGCCAGUCAACGUCAGCCAGACCUACACCUGCAGCAUCCAGAACGACCUAGUGACCGCCGUCUCUACUGCCACUGCUACAGAUUCUGAUGUUUCAGGGGACACAUACUUUAUCUACAGCACAGCAUCAAUGCCAUUUGCUUCAACUUAUCUGAGCAUUAUGACCACUGUCCUUUGCAUGUAUUCUAUCACCUAAAUACACACACACACACACACACACACACACACACACACACACACACACACACACACACACACACACACACACACACUCCAUCUCGGUGUGAUUCUCCUUGUGUGUGAGUGUUGCAUUCAGUGAGAGAACUCAACGAAAGUAUUAAUUCAAAAUGGUUUGUGUUUAGACCUCUGAAUCCAUCCCCAUAACAAGUAAAUACAGAUAUUAGGGAAAAAUUCAAAACACAUAUAAUCCGUCAUUUCUAAAGAUGAUGCUAUUUGUUUUUGUUUUCUUUAUUGAUGUGGGUGUUGUUACCGUGUAACAGAAUGUCAUUCUUGUGGUACAUUUUCUCAAGCAACAUUUUCUCAGAUCUAUGUAAAUGUUUAAAGUGAAAUUGUCAUGUAUUAUUUGUCAGUAAACAUUUCUAUUCCCAUUA